AUGUACACUGAUUUUGGCUGUCCGAACUUCGACUGUCAUUUCAAACCGAAUUUAACAAGCGACAAAGCCCUUCACGGUGUCGUAGCUACAGGGAAUACUGUUUUCACAAUAGUCUCUUUUGCCGCUCUUAUUUCGUACAUAUUCUUCAUCGGUUCUUUCUUCACUGCCAGUCGUUUAGAUUCAGCGCUGGUAUAUCCUUCAGAGACCUUGAUGAAAGACAUCAACGAAAGCGACGCGUGGUUGUUAUUUCUACCGUAUGUUUUAAUUAUUGUGUCGUUUGUAGGCUUGGGUGCGUCGCUGUACACAUUACCAAAGGGAAGUGAAAUCCGAGAUCCUCAUUACACGAUUGCCGCCAUUACUGGUACAGGUGCACAGCUUUUCGUCUACGUGGCAUCAGUCAACACUUGCCAAGUCUUCGCUGUCAGUUCUUUGGCUAUUGGUAUGUUGUUAUUCGUAAUACAUAACAUAGGCAUCUAAGUUUAAUUUUAUCAAAAUCUUUCUAAAAUUACAGAUAAUAAGCAAGCAACUAUUCACCGAAGUAGAGAUGGCUACUGAUGGAUAUUUCCGAGCCGCGAAGCGGUGAGGUAAAUCAUCCACAGCAAGCCACCGACAUUGAAUUGUUGUUUUAGCAUGUACUAAACAGUGACAUAAUAUAGCACAGAAAGAUGAUUUUAACUCAGUUAUCAUCUGCAGCGAUUACAACAUUUUCGGGCGCAAAUGUUGCGCGUAUUGUUCGGAAGUGAAUAGCAAAGGAUCGGAUUCUCGGAGUUUAUUUUGCCGCCGUUUUAGUAUGGGUAGCUAUAACAAUCCCUCUCAAUUAGUCACAACUUUUCUAGAAUGAUGCUCAUGUAUAACGUCUUGAACAAAUUUGUGAAGGAAACAUUCGAAAGCCACUCGGUUGUUAAUUGAUCCUUCUUUGUCGAGAUCUUUUCUUGAAUCAGAUGUCACUACAACGUGUAAAUAAAUCGGCCACAAAGCUUCUUGUAAAAAUAUCGAUGAAAUCGCAGGACUAGCAUCAUGGUAAAAAUAACUUUCAAUGGAAUGAUAGAUCGAAUUUUCUGAUCUAUCUUCCAGGAACUUUUGCUCAAGAUGUCACCAGGCUAAUUCGAAAUGUAGGGGGUGUUGAAGACGAAUCUAUAGAUGACAUCAUCAAAAUUCAUGAGGACCUCUGCAAAGUUGUUUUCAAUACAGUGUCAGCCUACAGUGUGUGGUUUGUGGUGCACUGGUUGACUUAUGGAGCUGGUGUGGUUGUAACUGUCAUAUAUAUUUCAGAGGAAAUUAAAUAUGAUACGACAGCGUCGGAAUACGUUUUCGUUUGCGUGCUGUUGUUUUGUUGCUUCUACUUGUUCGUGUUCCCUUGUUAUUUUGCGGCCAGGAUAACAAGCAGCUGUGCUGGUGAGUAAUCUCGAACCCAGUGCUUUUAGCGAGUGUUGUAAAACUAAACCAAAAUCAAACAUAACCGCCAAUCAAAGGCACUUCAUCCCUCCCCCCCGGCGGGGUUAUUAUUACAAUGCCUUAUGGGGGAUCAGACAAAAUCGAGAGACUAUAAACGGACCGCUUGGUAGAAUGACCAGUCGCUUAGUGGCAGAAAAUGUCUUGAAACGCAAAAUUAAUAGACUUUUUUUCUGUUUUUAAAGGAAUAUACGAGGAAAUUAACCGUACCACAGUUUGGGAAACAGGACAUCCGUUUCGCAAACGUAACAACAUUGCUCUGUUUAUCUCUUACGCUAAGGAACGAAGCUGUGGGUUCAAAGUUGGUAGAAUAACGUUUAACACUUCUCUGGCCUGGUUUUCGUUUUUCUUUGGACUCACCGGCUUGUUAUAUCACUUUGUUCAAAACUGA